AAGAGGAAGAGAAGACUUCUUAAGUCGUUUAUGAUAUAAAUAUUCAUAAAGAAGUUCACAUAUUGACGGCAUGGAUUCUAUGACAGUCUGCCUUACAUUUAUUUGUUAUUUACUAGCUGGAUGUGUAGAUGCACAGAGUUAUCUUGCAACAUCACUUACAGCCCGUCCCAGCCAAGUGAUAUACAGAGGAGGAAACCUGACUUUAUCUUGUAAUUCUCUUUUAUCACAUGUGACAUUCACUUUGUCCAGAGACUGCCACACAAAUACACAGAUAGUACAAUCCAAAACAAUUGCUUCAUCUGUGGCUGAAUUUAAUAUACAAAAUAUAAAGUAUGAAGAUGCUGGAAAUUACUGCUGUUAUGUAAGUUUACCGUAUAGAACUUCUCUAAUCAGUGAGAAUCUUACAAUCGAAGUCACAGACCUUAAAAAACCUGACAUCUCCUGGAAGAAAGAUGAUGCAGAAAAAGGAUUGUACAUAAUUACUUGCACUGCACCUGAACCACAUGAGGAUUACACAAUUAGAUACUUUUCCGUUUAUGAAAAUAUGGAUCAAAUCAGAAAUUACAAUGCUCCAAAAAAAUCCUUAAAAAUGACCUUCAGAGAACCUGUGAAGGAUUUAGCCCAGUACAGAUGUAUUUAUGUUUUAAAUUCAAUAAACACUACAGAUUAUCAGAUAACAUCACCAUUCAGUGACUCUCUGCAAACAGAUGACUAUACAACGGGGAACAUUAUCCGCCUUCUGCUGGCAACAAUUAUUUUUAUUGUCACUGGAAUCAUUGUAUAUAAACAUUUGGAUAAUUUGCAAAAUACUAAAUAGCCAUCGUUCUCUAAGACACAAUGAAAAGACACUGGAAACAAUUUUUUUGAACCACCCUGAAAAGGAUAUUGAGGAAACAAAAAAGAAAAUUAGAAAUAACCAAUAGCAGAAGAGAUUAUAAAAGGUCAUGUGCUUUCUAAAAACUAGCCUACUAUAUAAUUAUGGGCUUCUUUCCUUGCCUGCUUAUUAAUAGUAUAUUCAUAAAUAAAGAAAUAGAAUGCAUAAAAAAACUGCAUCUUUUGUUGCA